CAUCAAAACAGAAGCAGCUCUUCCCACGAACCUCUUUUCGCAACCCUCCUCCGCGCAGCCAUGGAGGAGGACAAGGCACAACCGCCGCCGCCGCCGCAGCAGCAAGAGAUUGAACUCGCCGGGGAUAAGUGCAAGAGGAAGAAGGAUUCGCCGGAGCCAGCCACCGGAGAUGAACUGGAAGCAGCCUCAACCGCUGCCGCUGCCGGCCAGGACAAGGCACAACCGCCCCCGCAGCAGCAGGAGAUUGAACUCCCUGGGGAUAAGCGCAAGAGGGAGGAGGAUUCGUCGGAGCCGGCCACCGGAGAUGAGCUGGCAGCAGCCUCCGCCGCCGCCUCCGCCGGAGAGGAGGGCGGCAGCGGCGGCGGCGGCGGCGCUAGCCAGCUGCACCCGAUGUCGAAGACGAGCCUCUGCUCCUACUUCCGCCGCCACGGCGCCGGCCCCGACGGGUGCAGACACGGUGAAGCGUGCCGGUACGCGCACACGGACGAGGAGCUCCGGCCGCGCCCCGACGGCACGUGGGACCCCACCUCCGACCGCGCCAAGAAGCUCCGCAAGGUCUCCGCUGAGGCGGAGGAGGCUGAUGAGGAGAUGGUCACCUUCGACGACAAGUCGUUGGAUAAGUGCCUCGUCGGACUUCCCAGGGCCUGGGUGACCGAUAGGCUCAAAACCUUCCUCCAGGAGCAGGGAAUAUCAUAUGCAACAGCAAAGAAGAAGAAAGGAAUGACUGUUGGAUUUGUGACAUUUGGAACUGUUGAAGAACUGAAAAAUGCUGUGGAGGUCCUUAAGGAGAAUCAAUCUGGUGGGAAGGAAAUAAAGAUAGCAGAUGCCAAUCGUAGGUCUCAUCAAAAGUCGCACACAGAAGGACCAGUAACUGAUAAUGGAGCAGCAACAGGAAACAGCAGUGUUGCUCCUGCUACUGCUGAGGGAACACCCAUGCCUGAAGCAGAAGCAGCGAGUAAAAAAACUGUUCGCGACGCCGUUACUCCUCUUGCCCAUAUGACUUACAAUGAUCAGCUAGAACACAAAAAAAAUUCAGUUGCACAGUUACUCAAGAAACUAACUCGCAAUGCUAAGAAAGCUUGCCCAGCUGAUGUUCCCAAUCCAGAUUGGGUUUUCAAAUCAAAGCAAAUUGGUGGUCUUCCUUGCAAGCUUGAAGGUAUUCUGGAGUCCCCUGUGAUUGAUGGAUAUCGUAACAAGUGCGAGUUCUCUGCAGGACAUUCCUUGGAGGGCAAAAAGACGGUAGGGUUUAUGCUUGGGAAUUUCAGGGAAGGUGUGACUGCAGUUGAGGAACCUGUGGACUGCCCAAAUGUUUCAGGACUUGCCUGCAAAUAUGCUUCAAUGUUCCAAGAUUUUCUGCAGUUGUCAAGCUUGCCUGUUUGGAACAGAAUGGAUAAUUCUGGGUUUUGGCGCCAAUUCACAGUUCGAGAGGGUAGAAGUCCACCUCAAGCUGUUGUUGCACAUGAUGCAGAAACACAAAUAGCAGAAGUCAUGCUUAUUGUGCAGGUGUGCUCCACAGGUGUUGAUGAGGUACUAAUGAAAGAUGAGCUUGACAAGUUAUCCACGACUCUUGUACGAGGGGCAGCAACAUGCUUGCCUCCGUUGCCUCUAACAACUAUAGUAGUCCAAGACCACAAAGGAAUAUCAAAUGUAGCAGCUGCUGACUGUCCGCUGAUCCCACUAUUGGUGCCAAAAGUAGAUCAAUCAGAAGAGGAAGCAGUGGAUAAAACAAGAAUCCAUGAUUACAUCAGCAAUCUGCGGUUCUCCAUAUCACCAACAGCAUUUUUUCAGGUUAACACUCUUGCUGCAGAAAGACUGUACACCCUUGCCGGUGAUUGGGCCAAUCUGAAUUCGGAUACACUACUUUUUGACGUAUGCUGUGGGACCGGAACAAUUGGCUUGACAUUAGCACACCGUGUUGGAAUGGUUGUUGGAAUCGAAAUGAAUGAAUCAGCAGUUUUGGAUGCUCGGAGAAAUGCUCUUAUUAACGGUGUAAAAAAUUGCUGCUUUGUCUGUGGGAAGGCCGAAGAUGUGAUGGGGUCUCUUCUCACAGAGUAUCUUGGUUCGCCACAGCAGGACAUUGCAGAUUCUGAAAGUAACUCAGAAGUUGGUCCUACAGGAAAAAAAGAGGAUACAGUUAGUGGCAAUGAGGAAAACCUGGACAGUUUAACAGAGAAAAACGACAAUGGUGAAAGUCCACAGCCGAAAGACAUAUCGACCGAUCAUCCCACUCGUGUCAGUGAUGAGGCAAAUGGGGGCUCGGAUAAUAGGGGUAGUGAAAACUUGGAAGGUGGACAUGAAUACAAUGAGGCUAUUCGUAAACAAAAUUCUGAGGAAGCAUCAUUGAUCAAUGCAGAAUCCCUCGACACAAAAGCAGCUGACUGUUUGGAGCACACCAAGAAAUCCAAGGAUGAUUCUUCCAUUUCUAAGACUAGUGUGCUUCCAACUGGUGCAUCUCAGUUCAAGAACUUCGUUGCUAUUGUAGACCCUCCACGUGUUGGGCUUCACCCUACUGUGAUCAAGGCGUUGAGGACUCAUCCACGCAUUCGACGCCUAGUGUACAUUUCUUGCAAUCCAGAGAGUCUAGUCGCCAACGCGAUUGAACUCUGCACCCCAACAUCCGAGAACAGGGAAAAGAACAAGGGCCACCGAGGAUGGCGAACCAUGAGCAGCGCUGGUCUUGCAAGGCAGCGGACAAAGUCGAUGCCUAACUCGGAGCCUUUCAUUCCCAAGAGAGCCAUGGCUGUUGAUUUGUUUCCCCACACCUCGCAUUGCGAGAUGGUUAUGCUUUUCGAGAGGUGAAUGAAGUUGUGGAUGUUCAUCGAUUUUCUUGCUAAGAUUUUGACCUCUGUUGAGAAUCAGACCAAAUUUUAUUGCUCAUCUUGUUGUAUUAAAUGUACUUGACCCAGGCUAUGACAGUUGAAUGGAGAUUUGUGUGGGGGCUAUUCUUACAUGUAGAACUCAACCAAUGACCUAGAUCUGCAUCAGCCAUAUCUUGAUUCUAGGUAGGGAAACCCUAGCAAGUCACUGGUCCUAGUGUCUUUACAUGCUGUGAUGAACAGUAGUAGUAACAGAUUGGGUUCUGAU